AUGAUAAUAGUUGAUUUAACUGUUUUAUUUUAAAUUAUUGAGACAUCUGAUGCGUAUUAAUUUAUUAUGUUAUUGUUAUUGAAUUUUAUUGAAAUUAUAUUGGGCUUAUUUUGGUUGUUUUCAUACUGCUGUCAUCCUUCUGCCUGACAGACUUUUAAACAUGGCUGCUUUAAACUGAUAAACGUUCAUCAUUCCAAUAAGAAAAUGUAUUUUCGUGGGGAAUUCGAUUGAAACAUUACAUGUGGUGUGUUCUACUGAGAUAUUAUAAAGCUCAAGAAUUUGGUGAUUGUUAUUAUCCUUUAGAAUGCUACGACUGUGCCAAAGAUGUUUCAUGCUAAUAAAGGAAUAAGUGAUUAUGCUUGAGCACUGAAUCAUAAUUGUGAAAUAACAACAUGGAGGAUUGACUUGUAAAGGAUCUUAGUGUAAUACAUCAAAAAGAUGCCGAGCCUAAGGAAGAAGGUUGUUGGUUUCAUGCGGCAGCUAUCAGUCAGUAAUUUGGCAGCAGCUGUAGAAAAUAUUGGACAGGGUGAACAGUCACCACGUAGUCCAAGAUUAGUAAAUCAGGAUUUUCCAGGAAGUUGCUUUAUUACACGUUAUCUGAAUGGACAGGAGAAAAAAACAGAGGGUCCUACGAUAUUACAUGGUAGAAAUCCUGAGGAACUACCAGCAAAACCACUAGGACCAAUUGAUCAAGACGAGGAAGUUUUUGCUGCUGUAACAGGACCAGACAGAGGUCUAACGACAGUUAAUCAAAAGCAACGACACCUCAGUAUCAGUGAUCCAGAUGUGGACUACAUUGACAUUCUGGAGCAAACUGAUCAUGAUAGGGCUGUGAACAGCUCAGCGGAUUGUAUAUUUUCUGUGGCCCAUGACCGAUGGUUCAUGAUACGCCCUAAAGAGGCACCAAUAUGUCCAAUUGACAACAGUACAGUGAAAAUCAGGGCAGCUGGAAAGUUAUACGAGCCUGAGACAAAGUACUCGCAGGAGAAUCUUCUUCAGGAGUUGGGAACUAAUUUACAUAGACGAAACAGUGUAGGAGACUGUCUGGAGUUGAAGAAUGGUUCUGAGACUAGACGUAGAAAUAUGUCAAGUGACACCCUGGAUGAUCUCACCACAGACAUUUCCGAGGUUUCAACGUCACAGACAGAGGAUAGUCUCGACUACGAUACUAAGGUUCGUCAGAGACUCGACAACUUCCAGUUUGGUUUUGUACCCGAGAGUUGCUUCACCUUCGAGCCUGAUGACCCACCUCCGGAACUGGUAAAAAAUGUCGGUUUCGUCGACAGUCUCAAUGACAAUGGUGUACAGUUCGACCUGCAGAAUAUCUCGAAUGAUACUCUAGACGAUCUUGACGAAGGAGACUUUGGGAAUGAUAUCAUACCACCACCCUCAGAGUUUGCAUCCGAAAUGAAUCCUUUGAGAAAGUCAAAAAGCGCACCUGCACCUUUUCAAAAAAGCAAUAAAGGAUCGUCGAACAGUAUAGCAAUUGCUGGCGUAACAAAUUGGGCGAGUCCUCAUGAUUUUGCGUAUGGAAUUGCGACGACCCUCUACGAGAAGAAUCCAAUUUACAAUACGAAUAGUGGAGAACCUAUAGCAGAUUGUUUUGCAGUAGCAGCAAGGCCGAACGCAGCAGUGUUGGCACUUGCCGAUGGUGUUAAUUGGGGUUCGAAAGCAAGUAUAGCUGCAAGAUCCGCCGUUCAUGGUAGCAUGGAGUACUUGAAUAAGGCUCUGUUCUCGCCUCCUCCUGGAGGAGCUGUAACAACCACCCGAGACGUUUUCGUGGCUCUGCUUAGAUCCUUUCACGCGGCACAUUCUCUGAUCCUUCAAGAACAGGGGAUGCUCACAACCCUGACAGUCUGUGCAGUAUUACCACUAGCUGCAUCACGGUCCGAUUCAAAUACUCAAGGCGAGAGGAGAUACGUGGCGUGCACGUGUAACGUGGGUGACAGUCUGGCUUACGUGUACUCCAGGAGAACUGGCGUGCGAGAAAUAACUCAGGGCUCUCAUGAUAUCUAUUGUAUGAGAGAUAUGCGAGAUGCAUUAGGUGCGCUUGGUCCUGUGGAUGGCUGUAAUCCGGAAUUAAAUAACCUCACCUUGGCGAUGACGGAGGUCGACCAAGGUGACAUCGUAUUCCUCACAAGCGAUGGGGUAUCCGAUAACUUUGACCCGGUCGUAGGGAAAUUUGCUGUGUUACCUGCUGGUAAUUCGAGUGCGGGUACCGAACGUCCAGGACGAUCUGAAUCCCAGGAUAGGAGCAGAACCCGUCGCAAAUCUUCCGAGAAUUUACGUCGCACCGAUUCCGGUGGAAGUGGCGGAAGUAAUUUACCUGUUGUCGGUGCUUAUCAACGUCAUGAGUUGACUCUCCUCAGGAUGGACGACCUUCUGCGACGUGGUGUCUCUGGCGAAGGUCCACCUUGUGACAGUGCCAAACGCCUCUCCGAACUUCUCCUGGAUUUUGUGAUCCGCAUAACUGCAGCUAAGCGUCGUAUCCUAGAGGACACGGAUUUGUAUUAUACACAACGUAAGGACGGCCAGCUAGUGCCGCUGUCUAAGGCUGAGCAGUAUAACCGACGUAAGAAGAUAAUGGACAAGAAUUCCAUGGUUCCUGGGAAGUUAGACCAUGCAACAGUGGUUGCGUACGUAGUAGGCAGCUACAGGAAAUCGCAGAGCGACCUUUAGUUCGUUCUCAAUUACCCCAAGGAUUUCUCCCAGGUACCGUUACACCUGGAGAAACUGCAGACAGCACGUGUGCCAUGGUUCAGUCAUUCGAAUUCUCUGAGAACCUCCUCUUGGUCUUGUGACCCAACCCAUGUAAUGAGUAUUCAAGAGUUUCGUUUAAAGAAUCUCAGUUUCCAUAAUAAUGGAGAACUUAUAACAAAAGUUCUUUGUCUGUGAUUGAUCCAAAUGGUAUGAGCAUUCCAAACGUAUUUGCGUGAGCAUCUUCAGAUUCCUUUCUGUAUGUGUACAUACAUAGUGAUACUAUGACGUCACAGUACCUAUAUGUAUUGUAUUUUCCCAUUAUUACGCAAUCGUAAAAUCCAAAUGCCAUUAUCGCUAUUAGCUGUACAUCACAUAUUACAAUAUGGAGACGAAAAAUCUCUGUUUCUUUUUUUUAAUUCCCACAAGAAAGUCCGAGAGGAAGUUGACGUUCCGUUUUAAAGGAUCGUACACAUAUUUCUUAUUUAUAUUGAUAUCAAUAACAAUGAUAAUCGUAAUAAUAAUAAUACGCAACGUCAUUUUCUCAGGAUAUCUCUCGUGGGCAAAUAGUUGCGCUUUACGAAUGAAAACUCGAAAGUACUAGCACCGGACACUGCCCCAUUUUUUGUAAAUGAAUCCUCACGAUUGUAAGGGUGGUCGUGAUAUGGACUUAAAAGAAUAUUUUAACUUUAUUUCUGUUUACGUUUAACGGCGCUACUAUUAUUAUACAAAUUACUACGGGAACGAGCAGACGUCGUUCGCAUGAAGGAUUUGAUUAAAACCUCCUGCAUCGACUCUUGUAAUGAUAAA